AUGGCAGCCUCGGCCAAUUCACGACCUCCAAAUCCCGGCCAGGUAGAAAACAACCUGCCAGGCCUGACGACACACAUUGUAGGCCACGAUGUAAAGACAGGCAAGGCAAUUGUGCAAGAGUCGCGACCGGGCAAAUGGACCGUGUAUGAUGACAAGCUCAUGGCCUUCAACGUGGUCUAUACGACCUCGGAAUUUCCCACCGAUCUCAACGAUGACAAAGACCUCAAAACCCACGACUCGCUCAUGUCCACGGGCAAACUUGGACUCGUCAACGCCAAUGGGACCGUAUGCCGUGUGGUGGACUUUGCUCCAGGCUAUGAGUGCAUCAUGCAUCGGACUCAGAGCAUCGACUAUGGCAUUGUGCUGGAAGGUAGCAUUGAGUUGGUGCUCGACAGCGGCGAGGUCAAGCUCAUGGCCAGAGGCGACGUAGCGGUGCAGAGGGCCACGAUGCAUGCCUGGAAGAAUCCUAGUGACACGGAAUGGGCCAGGAUGAUCUUUGUGCUGCAGGACUCCAAGAAACUCGAGAUUGGAGGUCAAGUAUUGAAGGAGGAUUUGGGAAGAGGAGUGGAUGGGCUACCUGCCAGUGGCAACUGA